AUGUAGGUACCGCAAAGUCCACAAACUACCAUGGUGGACUAGUCCGCUGCGAUGAUACUCCAUCCCUUUCACCCAUUAGAAAUCUCGGUCGCGACCGCCACCGAACUCGCACUGCCCGCGAGUCUCCUCGAUUUUUAUCUGUCUCUCAUUUCCAUCCUACCCACACGCGCAACCCUCUUCACUCUCUGUCGUCGAACCCUCGUUUCCAUUCUUCUUCGUGCGAUCCGUUCUCGUUGAUCUUCGUGUUCAGUCUCGCCAAGCGAUUCUGGUGCGCCUCCUCAAUUGAACCACGAUCCGUAUUGGCCGAUUCCGUCCAUCCGUUCUCUGUAGUUAGCGAUGGAGGAGGAACUUACGCUCACAGGCCUGUUGAAGAAAGCCGCGUCGGAUUUCCCCGACAGGAGAGCCAUCUCCGACCCCUGGGAGUUCGAGUUCAACCUGACGCGCGCACGGCUGCAGGAGCUUGUUGAUCACGCCGCCGCGCUUCUUGCCGCCUACGGCGUCGGCCCCGGCGAUGUCGUCGCGCUCGCUUUGCCCAACAUCGUCGAGUUUGUGAUCCUGUUUCUGGCGGUAAUCCGUUGCCGAGCCAUAGCGGCUCUGCUCGACGUGGCCUACAAGGCUACGGAGUUUGAGUACUACCUUUCUGACUUGCAACCGACGCUCCUAUUGACACCAAAUGAAGGAAACCGACUGGCUCAAUCCGCUGCUUCCAAGCUUAACAUCCCCCACCUAACCGCCAAGCUUCACUCCGCCAAUUCCAGAAUCACUCUCUCUUCGACUGACAUACGACCGAAUCUCAACUUGGUGUCCAAAGUCAUCAAUGAUCCCUCUGAUGUGGCUCUGUACUUGUACGACUGGGACAUCCCAGGUCACAAUUUCUCGGAGGUAGCUCUGUACUUGCACAACCGCGCAUCCCAGCUUUCAGCCAACCGUAAAUACGCAAAGUCUCCUGAUUCUACUGUGAUUGAGUAUCCAUGGCUCCAUUAUCGACAUUUAGCUCUUGAAUUGUUGAACUCUUUAGCUGCCGGGACUGUUGCGGCCCUCCCGGCGGCCACGGCGGCUGCGAGGUCCUCAGCAUCGAGAUUUUUGGCAGAUACGUUUUCAAGCAGUGCCACGCGUCACAGGGCAGAUGAUGUUGCUUGUGUACGUUACAGGUCAAAAGUUGCCUGUCCAUAUCAGAGCAAUGAUAUGCCAGAGGGAAAUAAUGCACCUAAGACCACCGAAGAGAACAAAGCCAAGACCGAGAGAGGUGGAGAAGAAGGCGGCCGUUGCGCGAAAUUAAUCGAAGAGUUUGAAAAGUUGAGUGGACCGAAGAAGUUCUCCUAUGAAGAGUCGAUGAUCGCUACCGAUUCUUUUGCACACGACAGGAUUCUGGGAGGAGGAGGUUUUGGCGACAAUGUUGCUUGUGUACGUUCAAAAGUUGCCCGUCCAUACCGGAGCAAUGAUAUGCCAGAGGGAAAGAAUGCACCUAAGACCACCGAAGAGAACAAAACUGAGACCAAGAGAAGUGGAGAAGAAGGGAAAUUAAAGGAAGAGUUGGAUCUGAUCCAAAAAAAAAAUAAAGAAGAGGAAGAGUUGACAAACCUGGGUGGGCCCAAGAAGUACUCCUAUGGAGAGUUGAGCAGCGCGACCAAUUCAUUUGCAAGUGGCCUGAAAUUGGGAGGAGGAGGCUUCGGGAUCGUGUACAAAGGGUACAUAGGAGAAGAUCGCACACCGGUAGCUGUGAAGAAAAUAAGAUAUGGUUCACGCCAAGGGAGAGAGGAGUAUAUAUCCGAGGUGAAAUCGUUGAGCCAACUUGGGCACAUACACUUGGUGCAACUUAAAGGCUAUUGUCACGAGGCGAAUAAAUUCGUCCUGGUUUACGAAUUCAUGAGACAAGGUAGCUUGGCGGAUCACCUGUUUGAAGACAAACCCUUGUUGACAUGGGAAAGGAGGUACAACAUCGCUCUGGGAUUAGCCAAGGCGCUGCACUACCUGCACAAACAAUUUCGUCAAUGCGUAAUCCACAGGGAUAUCAAAUCCGACAACGUCAUGCUCGAUGAAAAGUUCGAGGCCAAAUUGGGAGAUUUUGGCUUGGCUAAGCUAGUCGACCACACCAGAGACCCAAGCACAACCCAAGUGAAAGGAACACUGGGUUACUUGGCUCCGGAAUACUUUCGAACGGGCAAGGCAAGUAAAGAAUCUGACAUCUACAGUUUCGGAGUUGUCCUAUUGGAAAUAUUAUGUGGGAGAAAAGCCUCUGACUUGAUUCUAGCAGAACAAGGCGGUCUUGUUCUAUGGGUUUGGAAGCGUAGUGGGUGCAGGAGCUGGUGGGGGCGCCGGUUCUGGAAUCUUCACCUUCCGGUGGAUGAGAGGCUCGGGAAGGAUUUCGACAAAAAACAGGCGGAGGCCUUGAUGAUUGUGGGGCUGUGUUGUGCACAUCCCUUUGCUAGGUCUCGGCCUUCGAUUGAAGAGGCAAUGGCCGUUUUGAACUUGACGUUAGAGCCUCGCAAACUCUUCUUGAAGAUGCCAAGUUUCAACAUAUAAUUGACCCAAA